AUGGCAACUGGGGACCCUGAAAUACAGUUGAUUAGAAUGUUCCACCAGGCACCUCUCCACUGGACCUGGCCAGUUGUUCUGCUCGGCCUUCUAACUGGGAUAGCCUGCUCAGCUCCAAUAGCAACGAAAGCGAGAGGGAGCUUGGAAGGGAGAUGGGAGACUCUCCUCUCCAGAUCCUUGUAUCCGAUCUCUGGGAGGAAAUUAGACCUCGGCUGGGACAGGGACUAUUUCACAGGAAUCAAGAGAGUGAGGAGGCUUUAUUGCAAUGUUGGCAUCGGGUUUCACCUCCAAAUCACGACAGAUGGACAAAUUAGUGGAGCACACCCUGAAAACCAGUACAGUCUCUUAAUGAUUUCUACAGUAGAGUUGGGAGUGGUCAGUUUGUAUGGUGUGAAAACUCAUGCCUUCAUUGCAAUGAAUAACAAAGGUCGACUGUAUGCAUCGACGGACUUCAAUAACGAGUGUGAAUUCAAAGAAAGACUCUUGCCCAACCGCUACAAUGUGUAUGAAUCAAAGGCCUACCCGGGGAUGUACAUAGCAUUAAGUAAACACGGAAGAGCAAAGAGAGGAAGCAAAGUUACUCCCACCUUGAGAGUUACACAUUUUUUGCCUAGGUUAUAA